GCCUGAACGGAAAGAAAGAGAGACAGAAAAGGGGUGAGAGAUCCUGAAUGGGGAAAACGUGUGUGCUUGGAGGUUUUCUUUAAGUUGUAGAAACAUUCACUAAAUGAAUAUUAUUUCUUGAAGUGUAAUGAGCCUACAUCUCGAGCAUGUGGCCGCGUUGUUUCGGAACUCUCUUUACAGUGGCAGUGACAUUGUUUAGCCGUCUCGUGCUGUGAACUAAUCAAGUCUUCUGUUUAGCUAUAACCCUUUUUUUUUUGUUUGGCUAAUGUAAUAUUUUAAAGAUAUAACACAUAGAUGUAGGCAUGAUAAUCAGGUCUAGUUUUUUUCUACUGCCGCUAACUUGGGCCCCAGUGGGUAACCAGGACAGAGCCAUGUGUGCCUAAAAUUAUCCUCCACUCUUACACUCAGCAGACGUCUGCUAGGUUCAUAGACACGUGCUGAAAUUAGGUCAGUGAAGGAACUUACUGUUAUCUGUGUAUUGUGCACUUAAGCUUGAUUGGAUAUACUUUCCGUCUAAGUGUUGAUACAAUUAUCACAUGACUGGAUAUGAUUUAACUAGCAGAGGGCAGCACUGCUGCAGACCUGCCACAUCACCAGAAAGUUUCUCAGUAAACACUGUUAAAGGGACUACGAUGAAUUGUGUUUCUCUCUAACGAAGCUCAACACAGGCAGUACCAGAGAUUGAAUACUAAUUGCUCUGUAACAGAUGUAUGGCUUGUGAUGGCCUUCUGGAGGUACGCCAGGAGAAAGUUGACCUCAAAGCUAGUUUUAUGUGGGACCGUAACAUUACUAGUUGUUGGGGUCUUUGUCCUUUCCAAAGACACAGAACCCAAGAGAGAAGAAAACGACCAUGCACUUUUCCUCGACUCUUUUGCUAUACGACAGCAUCCCUAUUACGGUGCAGAUGACGUCAAUGGAACCUAUCUAAACAUGGAUACUAUUAAAGAAGAGCAGGCGUCCAGAGUCCAGCACCUCCAUACUCAGUGUGACGCGUCGCCUGACAAGAUGGUGGGCCUUUCCAGCGAGUCCUGGGCCUACGGCCGCAUUGAGAUUAAUAAGAACAGUAACUACCUUUAUUGUCCACUGCUAAAAGUGGGAUCGACUUUCUUCAGGAGAGUCUUCUACACCAUGCGGGAGAGGAAGCAGCUUCUGAAUCCUUACAUCGUUCCCAUUAACCAAGCGUUGGGGGCCAAGAGGAUGGUUCUCGAGCAGAUACUGCCCUUGCACUCUCAGGCAACACAAGCGUUUCUCAACGGCUCCACGUCCGUUAUCUUCGUGCGAGAGCCCUUCUCCAGGAUCCUGUCCGGGUACGUUGACAAACUGUUCGCCCCAAAUCCUUAUUUCUGGUCGCAGAUAGGAAAACACAUCAUUUCUAAAUAUAGACCCGUGGCCAAGAUAAGACAACUAAUGUGUGGCCAUGACGUCACGUUCGCCGAGUUCAUAGAGUACCUGAUCGAAGGGGAGCUAACCAAUGACACCCACAGGGACGCCCAUUUUACGCCCACUUACGACCAGUGCAAGCCCUGUCAGAUCAACUACACAGUCGUGGGCAAGAUGGAGACAUUUCAAACAGACGUGGCCUUCACUUUGGCCCAGCUCGGUUACAACGUCAGUCAGGAGAAAUUGAAACAGUGGGCCAAAGACGCCACUCAUGACGCCAUCUUAGACUCAACGGUCAGUCCUUUCAGUUGGAAAUUCACCGUUAAGAAAUGUAUGCCCUGGCAUGAAGGGCUGAAAAGAAUCUGGAGAAAACUUCAGAUUCGUGGGAUUAUUUCCAUAGAAGAAAAAUUUCCCUGGUCACCGGAAAUUAGCGAAAAGUCAAUAACUGUUCGGAUGUUUACCGAGCGUGUAAAAAAGUUGAACUCACAAGCAGAUAAAAGUAAAUUAAAGAAACAAAAAAUUGACGUGUUGGCCCAAGCAUUCAGCACCGUAAAAAGAGAACAGCUGAUGAAACUUGUAGACAUUUUCAAACCCGACUUCCAGCUAUUUCAGUAUGAUAUGUACCCUGAUUAUAUAUUUAACGAGCUUUUGGUCAGUAAAAUUAGAAAGAAAAAUACAAUAUUCAAAAUAGAUAGUAUAUAGAUGGUUAGCAGUAGGCUAAAUAGAGUUUACAUUAAUUUAUUCGUGACUAGACCUACUAUUUAUUUGGUGAUGAAAGAAUGGACAAAAAAGUUUUGAUACAUGUUGAACAAGAAUUACGGGAUAUGAAAUGUCAGUGUAAUGUAUAGUUCGUCCAUCGAUGAUUCGAUGGUGACCACUAUUGUCAUCCAGGGGGGUCUGAGGGCUUUGCACUGGGGUUUUGUGCCUCCUCGUGUGGCUGGUGGUAAUGUAGGACAACAUUAAAUUAUGUCACAUGACGAUGUUCAGCGUAAAGGAAGACUGCGAUGCGCAAAAGAGAUGCCCUCCCCCCUCCUCUUCCAUAAGCGCUAUAAAGAUCAACUUGUGCGCCAUUUCGCCCUCACUGGCAUAGAAGAAAGUAGCUGGCAGCAAAUGGUCUUUGAAAGAGACAGUUGGAGAACUCUCACAAAGGCCGCGGGAGACAUAUCUAAAACCCAAAGAAAAUUCUUAUUGAAGACAGGCGCAGAAAACGUUAACUUAAAUAGACCGCUAGCGGACAAUGUUGUGUUAUUUUUUCUGCACGAGAUACACAACUGGGUCUGCUUAGUUUUGUGACCCACUGUACUCAUCCUUAAUCUUCGUAAUCGAAGACAUCAAAUCAAGACCGUGGCAUUUACAAACGACACUCUCAAGUGGUCUUCUAGAUCCGUGGUCUAUGAGUUUUGUGGUGUAUAGGCCCCGAUGUCUUUACACUUUAACGCAGUAAAAGUUAGAAUUCUAUUUAAGAAUUCAAUUUAAUAGAAUCGGCCAGUCAAGGACACAUUGUGUAUAAUCUUGUUAGUCUCAUACAUACGAACCAAAUCAACGACCUAAUCAAGACAAAAUCUGCGUGUGUAUGUGUGCUGGAUGUCACUUUAGCCGCUAUUUGAACUUUCAUAUUUAAAAAAAGAAGAGCAAUUCACACGGAAGUACGUUCCAUGGGAGAUAACCCACUUGAUAUAAAAAUAUUUUUAAAGCAGACGUUUACUUUCACUUUGAGAUAACAAAUGAGCGCCUGGCUGGCAAUCUCUAAAAACUUCAAGCAAAGUUUUAUUUUUAGCUUUUCCGAUAUCAUAAAUUACUUUUAAAUUAUUGUAUUUCAUAUAGCCGAAUUUGGCGUGCAGGCAGCACCUAUGGAUCUGAUUGUCUCGUUCUGGUGUUAGUGUUUGUAUUAGUUGCUUUGAUUGUCUUGGGGUAAAUAGACCUAAGUGCAGGAAGGUAUACCCCACAGAUCUAUAUAUA